GAUCGGCGUGCUGUCAUCCCCAGGUGCAGCUGCUGUUGUUGUUUUUGCAGUUUUUUGUACGGAAGGGUGACCGAUUGCUGCAGCGCGUUUGCGAAAAAAAAAUCGCUCGUAAAAAGGAUUAAAAUUCAGUUCUGGCAGAUUUCGACAGUCCGCUUGUGUAAGAAGGAAGACUCGCCUCAGGAGAAGCACUACCAUGGCAUUUAACUUUUCGGCUUUCAGCUACAUUGUGGCUCUGAUUAUCGACGCAUUUCUGAUCUUUUUCUCGAUAUUUCAUGUGAUUGCAUUUGACGAGCUGAAAACGGACUACAAAAACCCGAUAGAUCAGUGCAAUUCAUUGAAUCCGUUGGUCCUGCCGGAGUAUGCGCUUCAUGUGCUGUUCAACCUGCUGUUCCUGUUUGCCGGGGAAUGGUUCUCGUUGGCCAUCAACAUUCCGCUGAUCGCUUAUCAUGUGUGGCGAUACUCAAACCGACCGGUCAUGUCCGGGCCCGGCCUGUACGAUCCCACCAGCAUCAUGAACGCUGAUGUUCUGGCCAAGUGCCAACGCGAAGGAUGGAUCAAACUGGCCGUUUAUCUACUCUCCUUCUUCUACUAUCUAUAUGGUAUGAUCUAUUCGCUCAUAUCGACGUAAGGGAUAUCACAAACCAAAUAAUGAGAAAAACUCAGCCAAUAAAAAAUGUUAUUAAACCGCACCCUAACCAACGCAUAUUCAUACAAGACGACAAUCGGUCGCCCAGGGUCUCUAUAACGUCUCAAACACCGACCAACGCGUACCGUGCGCGCAGGAGGGAACAUAUUUCAUAUUUCUAGAUCGCGAUUCCAUCCCAGAGGUCGUGGCGCGCUGCUGACGACUUCAUAAUGCCAUUUUCCUAGUAGGUAUAUGUUACGGUCAUUUUCAAUUUCUUGCUUUUGUAAGUCUGAUGUGUAUCAUCAUCAUCAUCACAUUUUCCUCUAUCGAAGGACUUUUGGCUGCUUUUGAACUUUUAAUUUAUUGAAAACUUCUAAAUUCUACACCUUGAGCUUACAAAAGAGUAAAGUUUUGCGCGAAAGUCAUCAUGGACAGGGGAAUACUUGCUUACACAUCCGAUGUAUUUUGUUUAAUCUUACUAACCGUUGCUAAAGAUGUAAGUGAAACUCCUGAAAUGUUUAGGGAAUAGUAAUAGUAGAGAGAUUGUAUUCUAGAUAAAUCAAGAAAGUUGUGGAAUAAAACUCAUACCGUAAGAAGUCAAA